AGUGGUACCAUACCUAUUUCCACCUCACCCCCCACUCUCCCAACAUUGGAGUAUGCAGAGAAUAAGCAACAAGAAGAGGACUUGUCAACUGAUAAAUUCCAAUUCCGAUUCUAAUGUCCAUUUUUCUAUAACUAACUCAAAAUUCUCCUCUCUCAUUAUUCAACAUUAAACCCAUUGUUAGGCCAAUUUAUGGUCACUAGUACCUUUCAUUCUCUCUCCCUUCUCUUAAAUCUCUAAAAUCCUCACAGUUAGGUCAGUUCUCAAUUUAUCAACCCCACAAAAUUUUCUUUCAAAAAUUUUCAACUUAGUUUAUAUUUGUUUACAGGUGCUGUGUCGGUUUCUUGCUCUGCAAAAUUCAAAAUUGCUAUGAGUUUUCCUUCAGUUUUCCUCUGUUUCUUUACUUCAAACUAAAUUUUUCGCAGUUGGGCGUUGUUAAAAGCCAUGGCUGAUUCAGAAACUCCUUCUUGGUUUAUCUGAAUAUGGAUUUUUAUUAUAGGUUUUUGUAUCAGAAUUUGUUCUUGUUACUUGCUACUCUCUUUAUCUCUGUUUUCUUCCAUCUGCUUCCUCUCUUCACUUCCAUCCCUACAUUGUUCCUCAGAUUAAGAAGGGGUGAUGCUGCUUUGGAUAAUUCAGAGUUUUCUGAUGCUCCGGCUAAAGAAAACGACAAAAAAAUAUCCGACAAUGUGAUGGUCGAGGAAGAAUUAGAACCAAAGUUUGAAGCUUUUGAGGAUGUUUUUGAGCGUAUGGAUUCGGACAAGAAUGAUGAUAGGCAGAACACUGAGUUUUGUUUUAAGUUUAAGUUCCCAACGUAUGAGGAGUUCAGUAAAAACAAGACAGAAACUGGUGAACUUAUUGUCUCUGAUGCUGUACAAGAAAAGUGUUUUAGCAGCUUAAUUCAAGAACCUAAAGAAUUUGGUUGUGGUAUGAAAGGUGUGUUUGAUUUGGACGAUGAAGGCAGGGAAGAAGUAAUACAUGAUAAAAUAGACGGCAUUCAGGAGGAAGAGGUGCACGCAAACUGGCACGGGCACCAAGGUUGUCAAAAGGAAAUUGAAGGAUCAGAUACUGUGUGCAAACAAUUUUUGGGUGAAGCAGAUUUUCCUGAUGAGUUUUUGUUUCAAUCAGAGAAAGAUUCAUCGGGUACGGAUUCAGAUACUGUAUCAGUUGGUUUUGAGCCUAUGCGUUCGCUUAUGAGCAGGUUAGUAAAUUCCUACAGUGAUGGCUUCUUGUCAGAUGAAGAUUUUGGAGGUGAAUUUGAGCUUGAUCCUUUGAAUGAUAUCGAUUCAGACUUGAAAAAUCUUGAAAUGUCUGAAGAAAACCUCGAAUCUACUGAUUUCGAGGACAGUGAUAGUGAUAUAAACGAAGAGUUAAGGAAAUUAGAACAAGAGGAGGCGAAAAACGACUCAGAAUUUCUGUCACAGAAUGAUUUUCAUGAAGAUUUGGGCAUGGUUAAAAGUUCAGAAUUUGUUACAGAAUUUGUUAAAGAAGAUGACAAGUUAAUAAAUGGUCCACAAGAGUCUGAAAAUCUCAAGUCAAAAAACACAGCUAUUGCUGACACUUCUCAGGAUGCAAACAAAUUAGAGUCCCUGUGGGAACAUCAAGAAUUGAUUGAGCAAUUAAAGAUGGAAAUUCGAAAAGUCAGGGCCACGGGUCUGCCUACUAUUCUGGAAGAAUCCGAGUGUCCAACAAUGGACGAAUUACAACCAUGGAAGAUCGAUGAAAUGCUUCAUCGUGAAGAUUCUAUGAGCGAACUUCACAAAUUCUACAAGAGUUACAGAGAGAAAAUGCGGAAAUUUGAUAUCUUGACGUAUCAGAAGAUGUAUGCAAUAGGUUAUCUGCAGAAAGAUCCACUAAAAGAUCCACUGCAGUUAGUCUUCAACCAGAAAUCUACAGGUCCAACACUAAAAUCCCUUCUCUCACAAAAUAUUAGGCUCUUCAAACAUAAAAGUCAUGACUUUGAUCCAAUGGUUAAGUUUAUCAAAGAAUUGCAGAGUGAUUUUGAAGUGAUAUACGUCGGCCAGAUGUGCCUUUCUUGGGAAUUUUUGCACUGGCAAUAUAUGAAGGCUUUAAAUUUGUGGGAUUCUGAUCCACGUGGGAUCCGAAAAUAUAAUGAAAUUGCUGGAGAGUUCCAACAGUUUCAAGUGCUCAUGCAAAGAUUUAUAGAAAAUGAACCUUUUCAAGGGCCUAGAGUUCAAUACUUUAUCAAGAGCCGAUAUGAUCUUCGUAAUCUUCUUCAAGUUCCUGUUAUUCGAGAUGACAGAGUGAAGAACAGAAACAAGGCAAGAACAAAAGAGAAAACUGACUAUCCAAUUACAAGUGACAUGCUUGUGGAGAUACUGGAAGAAUCAAUACGAAUAUUUUGGCGAUUUAUCAGAUCUGAUAAAGAUUGCUACAGCGUGAUGGCGAAAGGUCAAAAGGGAAUUCAUCCAACAGAGGUUCAAGAACAAGAGGAGUUGGAGUUUUUACUGGAGGUCAGAAAAAAUCUUGAAAAGAAGGAGAAGAAGCUGCAGGAUGUUUUGAAAAGUGGAAAUUGCAUACUGAGGAAGUUCAGGAAGAACAGAGAAGAGGAGGAGUCAGAUCAUGUACUCUAUUUUUUCUCUCAAGUAGACAUGAAAUUAGUGUCUAGGGUUCUCAACAUGUCAAGGCUAACGAAAGAUCAACUAGUGUGGUGUCACAAUAAAUUAAGCAGGAUUAGUUUUGCACAUAGGAAAAUACAAGUAGAGCCCUCUUUUUUGCUCUUCCCUUGUUAAUACUAGUCAAAUUUUUUAGUAUCAAUUACGCCAACAAAUUUUCUUUCACAUUGUUGUCAUUUUGUAUACUUCUAGAUUGUCAAUCAUCUACUAGUAAAUAUGAACGAGUGGAAACAUAAAGAUAGGUACUAUAUAUCUUUCGGCCGUGAAAGGAGGUAGCUCGUCUAUUUAUCUUUUAUUGUAGGAA